AUGGGCGCUCUACUUUCACUUCCUUUGUUGGCUGUGCCAAGCAUAGGCACUGUGAUCGGUUUCGCUGCAAGCUGCUGUGGAGCAGCAACAUGUUCUGCCGUGUGCAGUGCUUGUGGGAAGUGCGGUAACAGUGUUGCCACUCGUAUCGCAUACGCCCUCAUCCUUUUAAUCAAUUCGAUAUUAUCAUGGAUAAUGCUAACGCCAUGGGCAAUCAAUAAACUACAAGGCUUGACGUUGGAUUAUAUGACGAUUAGUUGUCCGGAGGGAGAAUGUUAUGGCUGGGUCGCGGUUCACCGGAUCAAUUUCGCACUCGGCAUUUUCCAUCUUAUAAUGGCAGCGAUGCUUUUAGGCGUCAACUCUUCGAAGAAUCCUCGUGCAGCAAUACAAAAUGGCUUCUGGGGUCCAAAAAUCAUUGCCUGGUUGGCCUUGGUCGUAGUUUCGUUCUUGAUUCCAGAUGGAUUCUUUUUGGUAUGGGGCAAUUAUAUCGCAUUUACCGGGUCAACACUAUUCCUCCUCCUUGGACUUAUUCUACUGGUAGACCUUGCGCAUACAUGGGCGGAAUACUGUCUUGAACAGAUUGAGGCAUAUGAUUCCCGAGCUUGGAGAGGCAUCUUGAUCGGAUCAACAUUGGGCAUGUACGCAUGUUCGGUGGCAAUGACCAUUGUUCAGUAUAUUUUCUUCGCUAGCGCUGGAUGCUCGAUGAACCAGACCGCUAUCACUCUCAACCUGAUCUUCCUGAUCAUCGUCUCUGUCGUCUCUGUCCACCCCAUGGUCCAAGAAUUCAAUCCUAGAGCAGGUUUGGCUCAAUCUGCCAUGGUGGCUAUUUACUGCACAUACCUUACCAUGUCUGCAGUAUCUAUGGAGCCUGAUACCAAACAUUGUAAUCCUCUCAUCCGAGCUCAGGGCACUCGAACAACCUCCAUCAUCAUUGGUGCGAUUGUCACUAUGUUGACCGUCGCAUAUACAACAACCAGGGCCGCAACACAAGGAGUAGCUUUGGGAGGAAAGGGAAAGAGAAUCACAUUGCCCGAAGAUGACGAGCAUGAUCUUGUCACGCAACAACCAGAUAGCCGCCGUGAAAUGCGUGCCGCAGCCCUUCGACAAGCUGUAGAAGAAGGUAGUCUCCCUGCCGACGCUCUUCUAGAUGACGAUGAUGAAAGCGACAGUGGAAACACCGCCAAAGAUGACGAGAGAACCUCAACACAAUACAGCUACGCAUUAUUCCACGUAAUCUUCUUCCUGGCAACCACCUGGGUAGCUACACUUCUCACCAUGAACAUGGAUGAGUAUACAGAUGGAAACACAAAUUUCGCGCCUGUAGGAAGAACAUACUGGGCAUCAUGGGUCAAGAUUGUUAGUUCAUGGGUAUGCUAUGGUAUCUAUACCUGGACACUGGUUGCACCUGUAGUGCUACCAGAUCGAUUCGAUUUUUAG